AUGCAUCUCCCACUGCCUUCACCCACCUUAGCCCUCAUCCUCGCCACCCUCAUCCCCACCAUCUCCGCCGCCGACAUCGCCAACACGAACCCCAACCAAAAACCCAUGAUCGACAGCUUCCGCAAAUCCUGCGUCAACUGGCAAGUCGACCCCAAAGCCUGCGCCCUCACUGGCUUCUGCAAGCUCACUGACGACUCCAAGGAGGCAUCCCACCCAAAACUGCACGGGUGGCACGAGACGAGCUUGGAUCUGAACCAGUGUAUCUGGUUCGAUGCCAAGGAGAGCAGGCUGAAGUGGUUUGAGGAGAAGGAUGGGCAGGUGGAGGACUUGUCCGGCACGGCCAACUUUUGCCGCGACUUUUGCGAUUGUUGGCUUCAAGGAGGAGGUGUGUCCGGAGAUAUGCUGGCUUGUAUUUGUGACUCCGGGGAGCAUAGGAGGGAUACGUGGGCUUCGGUGAAUUUGACGGAACGGAUUGCUAACGGAGGAGGGCAUUUUGAGUGUUUUGGAAGGAAGGGAAACUGA